UCUCUGUAACCAGCUUGGCUACUGUACUACCGCGCAGUUAAGGUUUUUGUCCUCACUCAGACACCGUAUAGUACACGCCUCUGAUUGGUCAAUCCGCUGCCCGUGCCUAAUACAAUCGUCGUUUGUCGCACGUCCAUCGGAUCACAGUCAAGAUGAGUCUGAGAAAGCAGACCCCGAGUGACUUUCUGAAGCAGAUAAUUGGGAGACCUGUGGUCGUCAAACUGAAUUCCGGUGUCGACUACAGAGGUGUCCUGGCAUGCCUGGAUGGUUACAUGAACAUUGCCAUAGAGCAGACAGAAGAGUAUGUCAAUGGUCAGCUUAAAAACAAGUACGGAGAUGCUUUUCUGAGAGGAAACAAUGUCCUGUACAUCAGCACCCAGAAGAGGAAAGUGUAGUGAAGAUCAUUCUGUUUUCAUUUUUAUUUUCCAGUGUUUGAUGUCACUCCCCUAUGUUUUUGGUUCUGUAAAGCCUGAAGUCCUGAAGAAUGUUUGUUUUUGUAAAAGUGGAAUAUGUUAAUAAAUCCUGAGUUUUGAUUUA